UCUCUGUUUUGCAUAGAACAAUCGAGAUUUGCCCUCCUCGCAGUUUCGCCGGCGGUGUUUCUCCGACAACUUCCGCAUUCUAGUAACGAUUUCGGCUUCCGUGAAGGCAAUUCAUCGGUAUCUUCUUCACCGAUUCCUUCUCCCCCAUUUGAUUUCUCUCAUUAUGUGGAAAUGUCGGUAUACGAGAACGUUGUUGCAGGAAAGCUGAAAUUAAAGGGUAAAGCCCUUGAUGUGAAACCUGGUGGAAUCAAAAAGAAGAAGAAGAAGAAGAAGAUGAUGAUCAUAGAUAUAUCUGAUCAAAUAACUCAAACACUCGAGAAUGAGAUCUCUGAAGGUGGAACGAUUGAGGAAGAUCGAAAGGAUGGGAACAAAUCGAAAGGUGGUUGUUAUAUGGAUCAUCUGACUCCAGCAGAGAGACGUUACAUGGAACAGAGGCAGAAAAUAGACAUGCAGAAGAUGGCAAAGACAUCGAACAAGUCUCAUCGUGAUCGGAUUUCGGAGUUCAAUCAGUAUCUUGCGAACAUGAGUGAACACUAUGACAUUCCAAAAGUUGGUCCUGGCUAAGCCCUAACCCUAACCAACCGUGAACGAGUUGACUUGAGUUGAGUUGAGUUUUUAAUGUUUUGCAAGGACUGAUAAUCUGUAAAAGGGCAUAACAAUCUAUUUUAAUGGUCAAGGAUGUUAUUCUUAUCUAGUAAGAAAACUGUUAAUCGGUUAAUGCAUAUCAAAUAAGAAACACUUACAUAC